AUCUGAGCCCAAAGUAAAGCCCAAUAAGUUAUAAAGCCCACAGAUGUUGGAUUAGGCCUGAUCUUAACACAAGAGUUCAAUCUGUUGCAAAUCUGAGCCCAAAGUAAAGCCCAAUAAGUUAUAAAGCCCACAGAAGUUGGAUUAGGCCUUAUCUUAACACAAGAGUUCAAUCUGUUGCAAAUCUGAGCCCAAAGUAAAGCCCAAUAAGUUAUAAAGCCCACAGAUGUUGGAUUAGGCCUGAUCUUAACAUAAGAGUUCAAUUAGUUGCAAGGGAAAGGCAACGGGUUAUUGGCGGUAACCUUUCUGAGAGAAGAACCCUAAAAAAGGUCACGACAGAACGAAGAGCUCCAAGAAUUUCAAAUUUCGAAAUUGGCGCCUCUUCAUUUCUACGUCUCCAUCUGUCCUCUGGAUUCUGAAUUUCCUUACAUUUGAUUCGAUCUGCAUUCCACAGAGCUUGAGUUUCCCGUCGAUACAACUCGAAGGCGUUGAUAAUGGGAGCCUCUCAAAGUCGCGAGGGUCUGGAACUGUCGGACUCCGAUCGUGAAGAUGGGAACGAGGAAACCAAUAAAAAGGAGGUGAAAUAUGAGGAUGUUGAAGAAGAGCUCCAAAGAUCUUCUGAACGACGGCAGAAAACGCCAUCGUCAGUGGACGAGGUGGAGGCGAAGCUCAGGGCUCUCAAGCUUAAGUACGGAACGUCUCAGAAGCCAAACAUAAAGAACGCAGUGAAGCUUUACCUUCACGUUAAUGGCAAUACUCCUAAGGCGAAAUGGAUUACCUCUGAAAAUCUUACUACUUACUCUUUUCUCAAGUCUUGUAGUGGCAAUGAUGACGAAGAGGAGGAGGAUGAUGGCGAGGAAGAGGAGGAGGAGGAUGACGACUCUUGGUGGUUUUUGAAGGUUGGAUCGAAAAUUAGAGUGAGAGUAUCGUCAGAUACGCAAUUGAAAACGUUCGGAGACCAGCGGCGUGUGGACUUUGUUGCGCAGGGUGUCUGGGCAUUAAAAUUUUUCAGCGAUGAAGAUUAUAAGAUUUUUGUGGAAAAAUUUCAGGCCUGUUUAUUUGAGAAUACAUAUGGAUUUGAGGCUACGGAGGCGAAUAAAUUGAAGGUUUAUGGCAAGGAUUUUAUUGGUUGGGCGAAUCCGGAAGUGGCGGAUGAUUCAAUGUGGGAAGAUGCGGAGGAGAGUUUCUCGAAGAGUCCAAAUUCGGCAACGCCUGUCAGGGAAAACGAUUUAAUGGAGGAGUUUGAGGAAGCUGCAGACGAUGGGAUUAAGAGUUUAGCUUUAGGUGCAUUAGAGAACAGUUUCUUGGUUGGCGAUUCAGGAAUUCAGGUCGUCAAGAACUUUUCUCACGGAAUUCAGGGAAAGGGUAUUUAUGUGAAUAUUGAUAAUGGCAAUCGGGAUACUCGUGGUGCUGGUUCUAGUUUGGCCUACUCAACGCCGAAGAAGGCACUUCUUAUGAAAGCUGAGACCAAUAUGCUUUUGAUGAGUCCCAUAAACGAGGGGAGGCCUCACACUUCUGGACUUCAUCAGCUUGACAUUGAAACAGGGAAAAUUGUUACUGAGUGGAAGUUCGGGAAGGAUGGAGUUGAUAUUUCAAUGAGGGAUAUUACUAAUGAUUCUAAGGGAGCUCAGUUGGAUCCUUCGGGCUCGACAUUUUUGGGUUUGGAUGACAAUAGGCUUUGCAGAUGGGAUAUGCGCGAUAGGAACGGAAUGGUCCAAAAUCUUGCUACUUCUAGCACUCCUGUCUUAAAUUGGGCUCAAGGGCAUCAGUUUUCUAGAGGAACCAACUUCCAAUGCUUUGCAACCACUGGUGAUGGCUCAAUUGUUGUUGGGUCGCUUGAUGGAAAAAUCAGGCUGUAUUCUGUCAAUUCUAUGAGACAAGCAAAAACAGCUUUUCCAGGACUUGGUUCACCUAUUACACAUGUAGAUGUUACCUACGACGGGAAGUGGAUUUUGGGAACAACAGAUUCCUAUCUAAUUCUUAUUUGUGCUAUCUUUACCGAUAAGGAUGGGAAAACAAAGACUGGAUUUUCUGGUCGAAUGGGGAACAGGAUUUCAGCUCCAAGAUUGUUGAAGCUGACCCCUCUGGAUUCACAUUUGGCUGGAGUUGACAAUAAGUUUCGAAAUGCUCAAUUCUCAUGGGUCACUGAGGACGGGAAGCAGGAGCGCAAUUUGGUCGCGACUGUAGGCAAGUUCAGUGUCAUCUGGAACUUCCAACAAGUGAAAAACGGGACACACAACUGCUACCGCCAUCAGGAAGGCCUCAAGAGUUGCUAUUGUUACAAGAUUGUUCUUAAAGACGACUCCAUUGUUGAUAGUCGUUUCAUGCACGAAAAAUUUGCAGUGACCGAUUUGCCCGAGGCUCCAUUGGUGAUUGCAACGCCCAUGAAGGUCAGUUCCUUAAGCAUAUCCAGUAGGCUAAGAGAUUGAGAUUCAGUUCCAAGCAUAGCAUAUACUCGGUACAGGUUCCAUUGCAUUGCCUGAUGCACAGUUAAUCAGCUACGUUUCUAAGUGGCAUGUUUAGGACCUUAUAGAUGCCUUAGAGUAGUUUUAAACAUCUGUCAAUGAGUUCCCUAAUUUGUAUUGAUUCCUAUUUCGAGUUCCUUAAUGACUUAGUUUUUUCAUCAAUUGUAAUGUCAAGGAAGCCAAAUAUAAUCCCAACGACAUAUAAUCUUAAAUGAAAAAUUGGUUAUUUUUA